UCAUGCAGCCAGAUCCCAGGGCUGAAUUUCCAAGCCCUGAAUCUGACUUCAUAACAUAAACAUGCGAGCACCUGGCGGGAGAAGAUAAAAUGAGCCUGGGAACUCAGGGGUGAAAGUAUAAACAAUUAUAAUUGCUGUAGUGUGGGGGGGAUAGAAACCUUGGUGGAAAUGUGAUCCAGAAGGUGGGGUUUGAUGAUGAUAUUUGCGUGUGAUGUUACGUUGCAUCAGAAGUGAUAAAAUUAGAUGUAUGUAAACAUUAGGUCAUUCUCGACUUUUCCAAAGUCAUGUAUUCUUCAAUAAAGAUUGUGUUUGAGAGCAGCUAUCUUUGAUCUGCGUUCAGACUGGUCCUUUGAAGUAAGCCUGACAUUAAAGUCGAGAAUCCCAUUUCUCACCCUCCUGCGGAAUUCGCAGUGAAGUGAUAAUGAGCGAGGAAGAAGAUCAAAGCCCAAAUGAGGCAGAGAGGCCUUUGCAAGGGGCCCGGCCGAAGAGAGAAGAGACGCUGCAAGCCAUAGCUUCCUCUACGGGGUACCCCAAGCCGAACGGCGUGACCCAGAGAAUUCCCAGGCUCGGAAGAGGCGUCUCUGCAGCUGCAGAAACCAGUUGGGGAUCUGGAGGAAGUAUGCCGGAGACCGUGGCCCUGCGGUUAUCCAUCCUGGAAACUAAUUUAUCCAGGCUGUCGGAAACCGUGGGGAGAUUGGUGCCAUUAUUGGAAGAGAAUCUCCAGAAGGAGGCCAGCCGAUAUGGCGCCGAGAGAGAACCAAGCAAAGAAGGAGAUUGGAGCCAGAGGGGCCAGCGGGCGUCAACGCAGAGCCCCGUGGCGGCAAGGGACGAGGGAGAUGAGGAAUACUGGCAGGAGCUGCAGUUCCGGGACAGCAUGGCGCGAGAAGUGGAGCGUCAGCGAGCCCUGGGGACCCUGAGGCCGCCGUCUCCAACAGAGCUCCCAACCCCCCGAAUGGGCGUCGGGGUGGAAAGGCCACUGGGGCCAGGGAUCGGGUCCAGUGGAUUCGCAGACGAAGGCGGAGAGGAGCGGGGGGUCCAGGAAGAGGAGGAGGAUGUGCCGUACGACGAGGAAAGGCGAGAUGAGGGGGCUACAGCUAGGCCAGUAUGCGGAUGGGCGGAAGAGCCAACAGCGGCGGCAGACUUCCAGGAGCCGCGCAGAAUGACCACCGGAGUGGGGCGCGGCGUGUUCCAAGGAGCCACCCGAGGAAACCUGAUGCAACCCUUCCCCAUGCCGCCCAGACAAUAUCAAAGGGCUGCAGAAUGGAUGCCUAGAAGGGAAGAUCUCAAGCUGGAAUACGGAGGGGAAUCAGAGGAACUGAACUUUUUUCUAAUUAGCAUUAGAGGAUACAUGGAAGACAACGCACACACAUUUCCCUCCGAAGCAAGCAGGGUUCGAGCCAUCGGCAACACACUAAAGCGAGGAGCAGCCAGCUGGUAUGUGCAAUUGCAUGCCAGACGCGACCCAUGCCUGAGGUCAGUGCCCCGCUUCCUCGCCGCACUGGAGAACCGGUUCAGAGACCGGCUAGAGCAAUUGAGGGCUCGAGACCAGCUGAAAGGAAUAAAACAGAGGGACAAAACGGUGCCCGAGUACGCAGAGGAAUUCCUCCACCUCGCGGAAAGGGUACCGGAGUGGUCUGAAGUAACCAAAGUGGAACUAUUUAAAGAGGGACUACGCCCCGAGAUUUUCAGCUGGGCAGCGCACAGAGACGACCCCGAGACGCUCCAGGGAUGGAUUCAACUAGCGGGGCGCGUCGAAUCUACCCUGGCACAAGUAAAGCGCUUCAGGAGCAGCAGCGGCCAGCAAAGACCGGUGGCGAGAGGUCGAGGAGAAACGAGGAAGCAAGAAAGACCCGGAGGGAGGCCGGGGAUUCCCCCCAGAGGAGACGACAACAAACCUAAACCGGGAUGCUUUGUAUGUGGGAAGACGGGCCACCGAGCAGCGGAAUGCUGGGCCCGGAAGGGGGAGCCGCCAAAAGCCCCAAAGCCCAAGCCAGCAACCGGGAGGCGUGCGGAGGAGGAGGUGCAGGUCCCAGAAUCUUCGGAAAGAUUGGACUAUGGUGAAAGAAGAACCGAAGAGGAGGACGAAGAAAACGGGGGCGCCAUGUCAUGCAGCCAGAUCCCAGGGCUGAAUUUCCAAGCCCUGAAUCUGACUUCAUAACAUAAACAUGCGAGCACCUGGCGGGAGAAGAUAAAAUGAGCCUGGGAACUCAGGGGUGAAAGUAUAAACAAUUAUAAUUGCUGUAGUGUGGGGGGGAUAGAAACCUUGGUGGAAAUGUGAUCCAGAAGGUGGGGUUUGAUGAUGAUAUUUGCGUGUGAUGUUACGUUGCAUCAGAAGUGAUAAAAUUAGAUGUAUGUAAACAUUAGGUCAUUCUCGACUUUUCCAAAGUCAUGUAUUCUUCAAUAAAGAUUGUGUUUGAGAGCA